AAUUUGCAAUUUUAUUUUUUUCCAAAUCUCUACGUUUGUCUUAUUCGGCGUUACCGUUUAUUUUUUGGAUUUUCAGACCUAGACGUGAAAAAUCACCGUUGGAUGAUCUGACGAACGAUUCAAUCGACGAUCACGAAGAGGAAUUCUAUUACACGGAAGUGGAACUGGGCGCCGCGUCUUCGCCGCCGACCCUGUCGCACCGUGAUAUGGCCCGUCCGCCGCACGAAGAUCCCGAGUACCAGAAGACGUUGAUCAUACCCCGUCCGGGUGCCUGCCCAGUAAACAUACCCAGGACGUCAAACAACACCGGUCAUUGGCCGUUCACAUCUCUAAACGGACAGAAACAGAUCAAAAUGAUGUACCAGAAUUUGGGCGGACCCAGGUUCCCGAGCAGUCCAAUGAGAAAAGCGCGCGGCGAGACGAAAAAGUGUCGUAAGGUGUACGGUAUGGAGCACCGCGAGAAAUGGUGUACGCAGUGCAAGUGGAAGAAAGCGUGCACCAGAUUCGUCGGCUCUCUCGAAACCACUCAAUUGGCGUAAAGAAUAUUUAACGUAUAUAUCGAGAGAACGCGGAUGCUGAUAAUCUGCACCAAUACGCUAACUGCCAAAAUUACAAUUUUUUUUCCUUUUA